AUGAGGCUGAGCCGGGCGGCCGUGCUGGCACAGGCCAAGGCGGCCGCGCUCGACGGUGUCCGCCGUCUGAACUGCUGGGGCAGCCACCUGACAGAUAUAUCCAUAUGCCGGGAUUUGCCCAACAUCGAAGUGAUCACAUUCAGCGUGAACGGCAUCUCGGACCUCGAGCCGCUGCACCAGUGCCAGAACCUGAGCGAGCUGUACCUGAGGAAGAACAACAUCACGAGCCUGGAUGAGCUGUUCUACCUGAAGACGCUGCCGCGGCUGCGGGUGCUGUGGCUGGCAGAGAACCCCUGCUGCGGGCCCGACCCUCACCGCUACCGCAUGACCGUGCUGCGCAACCUGCCCAGCCUGCAGAAGCUCGACAACCAGGCUGUGACAGAAGAGGAGCUGUCGCAGGCGCUGGUGGAUGGCGUGGAGAUCACGGCCCCGCCGGCCCGGAGGAGUGUGGAGAGCAGCUGGUCCGAGUCCACCGCGUGCAGCGCCGCCGGAUCCGCCACGGAGCCCGAGAGCGAGCUGCUCGGCUGCAGCCUGGAGGAGACAAACAGAACUCAGGAGGAGCUUGAUAUGAAGCCUGUCCCCAGGGAUAAAUAUUCCUCUUUUUACCCUCAAGAGACAGAUUGCAGCUGCAAGAAGAGAAACAAUGUCCUGAAUGCCAUCCUGCUUCUCAUGAAGGAACUGGACGCCGAGGGGCUGGAGAUCAUCCAGCAGACGGUGGCAAGGAGGCUCCAGAAGAAGGAGCUGCAGGAAGAGUGACAACGCCCAUCCAUUCCCCAUUCCAAGCUCCCUGCAGCCCCAGCCCCGCGGAGCUGUCCUGCCCACACAUCCCUGGCUGCAGCCAAAGCCUCGGUGCUCCCCGCUCUGCUUCUCAUGCCAGGGCAUGGGAUAGCAUGGGA